GUGUGUAUUUGCAAUAUUAUUUAGUGAUCAUGAGGCAGUACCGUGAGUAAGAAGCCUUGGAUACAACUUUGAGAAGGAAUCGUCAUCAAGUGAAUGAAAUAAAAAUGGGUACUUAUAUAGAAGAGAAAGGAACACAGAACCAAAGCUAUCACAAAGGAUGUAUAAAUCAGAGCUCUUUUCCCUCAGAACAUUCACAAAUGAAUAUUGAUGACAUGGAGUUAAAAGAGGAAUGGCAAGAUGAAGAUUUUCCCAGGCCUCUUCCAGAAGUAAAUGCAGAAGAAGAAAUUGACUCCAACGAAAAUAAUGAAUCAGAGAGCCCACCAAACACUCUGGAAUUAUGUGGCAACCGUCAUAUAAAAAAACAUCAACCUCCGCCGACCCUUAAUCUGGAAAAUAACGAAGGGUCACUGGUUGUAGGCGAGGUUCCAGAUCAAACACAAGACGAUGACGCUAUCUUUAAUAUAGAUGAUCUGCAGACCCCAACUGGAAGUGUAUUCUUGGGAAACAGCCAUGCUUUCGAGUGGGAAGAUGACCUACCCAGGGCAAAAGGAAGAGGGAGCUCUGCUUCGGAGUAUGUAUUUACUGAAAACCUUGUGACUGACAUAAAAGAUCAGGAUGGCAGGAAAUGGAGAAUCUUCCUGUCGGGAGAACGCAAAGUGGAUAUGACGGCUAUUGAGCCAUAUAAGCAAGUGAUCUCACAUGGAGGUUACUAUGGAGAUGGUUUAAAUGCAAUCAUUGUGUUUGCCUCGUGUUAUUUGCCUGAGAACAAUAUUCCAGAGUACCGAUAUGUCAUGGACAAUCUCUUCCGGUAUAUAAUAGGGACCCUAGAUCUAAUGUUUGUAGAAGACUAUACAUUGGUUUAUCUGAAUGGAGUGACCCCUCGCAAUAAAAUCCCCUCUAUUGGUUGGAUUAAGAAGUGUUACCAGGCAACUGACAGGCGGUUGAAGAAAAAUCUCAAGUCACUGUUGGUAGUACAUCCUGCCUGGUAUGUUAAGGCAUUAAUGGCCAUAAUACGUCCUUUUAUAAGCUCAAAAUUUGGAAGAAAAGUAAGAUUUGUUAAAAGCCUUUCGGAACUAUCACAGAUUAUCGCACUAGACCAUAUUCAUAUACCAGACUGCAUACAACAGUUUGACAGUGAAUUGAAUCGAUAACAUGAAAAAGAAAAUGUUAUCCAAAUACAUUGAAUAUAUAUAUAUUUUUUAAAGCUGUGUAUUUUUUUUGGGGGGGUGGACAUCUUAACCCUAUAAAAAAAAAAAUGCUGGAAACACGAGUUUAGUAUAUUAGUUUAAUAAGUCUAAUGCAGGGGUGCCUAAAACACAUUUACAUACACACAUAUAUACUAAAUAUAUAUAUAUAUAUAUAUAUAUAUAUAUAUAUAUAUAUGUACUGCAGUACUCACCCCCCCCCCCCCACACAUUUCAGAUCUUUUGAAAUGAAAAUCAUAUCUAUAUGAUUCUUAAAAAUGGCAGUGCACAACAUAUAUAUCACUAAUAACAGGAUUGGCCCUUGAGUUAAAGACAGCUACGUAAUGCUUUGCAGCACUUUGUGAGGGAUACUGAACCUAAAUUUUUUCUUUCAGGAUUCAGAUAGAGUAUGCAAUUUUAAGCAAUUUUCUAAUUUACUCCUAUUAUCGUAUUUUCUUUGUUCUUUUUGUAUCUUUAUUUGAAAAGCAAGAAUGUAAGCUUAGAUGCCGGCCCAUUUUUGGUGAACAACCUGGGUUGUUCUUGCUGAUUGGUGGAUAAAUUCAUCCACCAAUAAAGACAAAAAUUGGCUGGCUCCCAAGCUUAGAUGCUUUCUUUUUCAAAUAGAGAUAGCAAGAGAACAAAGAAAAAUGGAUAAUAGGAGUAAAUUACAAAGUUGCCUAAAAUUGCAUGCUCUCUCUGAAUCCCGAUAGAAAAAAAUUGGGUUCAGUGUCCCUUCCUUUUAAGUAUCUGGAAUGGAUAUAAUAAUGGGUGAUGAGUAUAAUAAAUAAAUAAUUCUUACUGUAAAAUAUAAUGCUGAGAGCAACUAAAUACUUUGGCUUCAAGCCAAAUGCAAAAAUGGUGGGAGGAGCUUGUAAGAAGUGAAGUUAGUGAAUGGUUGUGUCAGUAUGAAUGUGAGUGUGAGUGUGACAGCAUUAUCAGUUUUUGAGUGCAAAAGCAUUAGUGUGUGUCUCUGUGUACUUGUCACUAUGUGACUUAGUGUUUUUGGCACUAUAUAACAGACCCCAGCAUGUAGGAUUAUAUCCUUUUUAACAAUAUACAUUGCAUGAUAGCUACAUGUUUAUAGUUAUUGUUACCAAUGAGAAAAAAUGUACUGCAAUACCAACCCCCCCCCCCCCCAAUAAUACAGUGUGUAUCCAGUUUCUAACAUUUGUUUAGGAAAAUACAAACAUGAAUGUUGCACUUCAGAUCUAUUGAAAUGAAAAUGAUAUCUAUAUGAUUCUUAAACUUGGUAGUACACAACAAAUGAACUAAAAUGUAGACUCAUUUUAUGGGCAUUCUCUUAAUUCUAAUAGCUUAUAGAGUGUGUCCAUUUAAACUGUUGUUUGGAAUUCUGUAAUUUACACAAAUACAUGUCUGUACAAUAUGUUUAUACCGACAAUGUUUUCAUGUGUUUUUUAAACAUAUUUUUUGACCAUAAAAAGCAAGAACGUCCAACUUAAAGGGACAGCAAACACCUUGAUAUUUGUAUUUAAAAUGUGUAUUUAUGCAUAAUGAAAUAACUGCAAUAUAUUUAUUUUGCCCCUUAUUUAUAAUUUAGCCCUGAAAAUUAACCAAUUUAUAUUUUUCAGAACUUGAAAUGCACUCUUCUGACUUCUCAAAGCUAACUUUGCUACAUAUCUGUACCUAAUUGCCUUUAUCAGAUAAAAAAAAAAUGCAAAACAAUAUAUUUCAUAUUAACAUUAUGACCGUGGCUACUUUAGCCUUGUUGUCUGCAGUUUAAAGCCCAGAUUGGCUCAUUCAAAUAAGGCAAAUGGUAGGUGGAGUUUGGCUAGUGAAAAACAAUUGCAGUAAAAGGGAUGUUAUUUAAAAAACAAAAAAACAUUUAGAUUUGUCUGGUAUUCUAUAGCAACAUAACAGAAAUGUAUUCUAAUUACAAGGUGUUUACUGUCCCUUUAAGGUUAGCAAUCCACUGUUUUUCAUGCUAACCUCCACUUUCGAAUCUUUGGUAAAAAAAUUUAGCCCAGUUUAUUUGGAUUCAGGUCCUGGGGUAGUAUUAUUUGUUGGAAAGUUUUAAGGUCAAUUAUUUAAUAAUCUUUUCAUAGGGAUUAGCAGAUGUCUGUAGGUUUCUAGGCUUCUAUGUAUUUAUAGAGUAAUGGUGUUUUUUUAUAGCUGUGUAUAAUUUUGUUGCAAAUAAUACAACUGUUAAAACUUGUGAGUGAAACAAAAGUGUCCUAUGUGGGUACUCAUUUGAAAACAUUGGCUAUUCUAGCUAUAAAGAGUGGGAUUAGUUUCACAUAUAAACUGUUACAGGUCAUUUAGAAAAGUGCUUACUCUUGUCCUGAUAUUGUGCUAUUUUUUUAUUACACGUGAAUAUUUGUAUAAACAUGUUUGUGUUUUUAUGAGGGAUUUUUAAAAAUGCUGUUAAUAAAUUUUAUUUUUUGUUCA